UUAGCCACCUUAAGCUUCGCAAUACCGCCCCCAAUUUCAGUGUCGGUACGGAGCCGCCAGGCCGGGACAGAGACGGAGAGAGAGCCCUCGGCCAUGGAAGCGCUCGGACCCGGUAAGGCAUAGAAGUAAAUGAGCGGACCCAUGUCUACGGCCCGCCUGCCCCUACAUCUCUGUUCCAGCCUCCGCGGCGUCCCGGCCUGGGUACAGUAGGGAAACCCAUCCGCUUGCUGGCCAACCACUUCCAGGUGCAGAUUCCCAAGAUCGAUGUCUAUCACUAUGAUAUUGACAUCAAGCCUGAGAAACGGCCUCGGAGGGUCAACAGGGAGGUGGUGGACACCAUGGUGCGGCAUUUCAAGAUGCAAAUCUUUGGUGAUCGGCAGCCUGGUUACGAUGGGAAGAGGAACAUGUACACAGCCCAUCCACUGCCCAUAGGGAGAGACAGGGUGGAUCUGGAGGUGACCCUUCCUGGUGAAGGGAAGGAUCAGACGUUCAAGGUGUCUCUGCAGUGGGUGUCUGUGGUCAGUCUUCAGAUGCUACUGGAAGCCCUGUCCGGCCAUCUUAACGAAGUCCCUGAGGACUCUGUUCAGGCUCUGGAUGUCAUCACGCGGCACCUGCCUUCCAUGAGGUACACUCCAGUGGGGCGUUCAUUUUUCUCCCCUCCGGAAGGCUACUACCAUCCGCUGGGUGGAGGCAGGGAGGUGUGGUUUGGUUUCCAUCAGUCUGUCCGCCCUGCCAUGUGGAACAUGAUGCUCAACAUCGAUGUGUCGGCCACUGCUUUCUACCGCGCCCAGCCUGUGAUAGAGUUCAUGUGUGAGGUGCUAGACAUACAGAACAUCAAUGAGCAGACCAAGCCACUCACCGACUCCCAGCGUGUCAAAUUCACUAAGGAGAUAAGAGGUCUAAAAGUUGAGGUCACACAUUGUGGUCAGAUGAAGAGGAAGUAUCGUGUGUGCAAUGUCACCCGUCGCCCUGCUAGUCACCAGACGUUCCCCUUGCAGCUAGAAAACGGCCAAGCCAUGGAGUGUACAGUAGCUCAGUAUUUCAAGCAGAAGUACAGUCUGCAGCUCAAGUAUCCACACUUACCCUGUCUUCAAGUAGGACAGGAGCAAAAGCACACCUACCUUCCGCUUGAGGUCUGUAACAUAGUAGCGGGCCAGCGCUGUAUCAAGAAACUGACAGACAACCAGACAUCCACCAUGAUCAAAGCAACUGCUCGCUCAGCCCCUGACAGGCAGGAAGAGAUCAGCAGACUGGUCAAAAGCAACAGUAUGGUUGGGGGCCCGGACCCUUACCUCAAGGAGUUUGGCAUUGUGGUGCACAAUGACAUGACGGAGGUGACAGGGCGUGUUCUCCCAGCGCCCAUGCUGCAGUAUGGGGGCCGGGUGAGUACAGACACAGGGAGGGACUGUGGCAGGGGACUCUCUCCACAGAAUAAGACGGUCGCCACGCCCAACCAGGGCGUGUGGGACAUGAGAGGGAAGCAGUUCUAUGCUGGCAUUGAGAUCAAAGUGUGGGCCGUGGCGUGCUUCGCCCCACAGAAACAGUGUCGAGAGGACCUGCUGAAGAGCUUCACUGACCAGCUGCGAAAGAUCUCUAAGGAUGCUGGGAUGCCCAUCCAGGGCCAGCCGUGUUUUUGUAAAUAUGCCCAGGGGGCUGACAGUGUAGAGCCCAUGUUCAAACACCUUAAAAUGUCCUAUGUAGGCCUGCAGCUCAUUGUGGUCAUCCUGCCAGGGAAAACACCCGUCUAUGCUGAGGUGAAGCGUGUGGGAGACACCCUGCUGGGUAUGGCCACCCAGUGUGUCCAGGUGAAGAACGUGGUCAAGACGUCCCCUCAGACCCUGUCCAAUCUCUGCCUCAAGAUAAAUGCAAAACUGGGGGGCAUCAACAAUGUCCUUGUGCCUCAUCAGAGGCCAUCUGUGUUCCAGCAGCCUGUAAUCUUCCUUGGUGCUGACGUCACGCACCCUCCAGCAGGUGACGGGAAGAAGCCUUCCAUCGCAGCAGUGGUAGGCAGCAUGGACGGCCACCCCAGCCGCUACUGCGCCACAGUACGGGUCCAGACAUCCCGACAAGACCUCUCCCAGGAGCAGCUCUUCAGCCAGGAGGUCAUCCAGGACCUGACCAACAUGGUACGAGAGCUGCUCAUCCAGUUUUACAAGUCCACACGUUUCAAGCCCACACGCAUCAUCUACUACCGUGGGGGAGUGUCAGAAGGACAGAUGAAGCAGGUGGCGUGGCCAGAGCUAAUUGCGAUCAGGAAAGCAUGCAUUAGUCUGGAGGAAGACUACAGGCCAGGCAUCACCUAUAUUGUGGUCCAGAAACGGCACCACACACGUCUCUUCUGCUCUGAUAAGGCUGAGAGGGUUGGGAAGAGUGGUAAUGUCCCAGCUGGCACCACAGUUGACAGCACCAUCACACACCCCUCCGAAUUUGACUUCUACUUGUGCAGCCAUGCUGGGAUCCAGGGCACCAGCCGUCCUUCUCACUACCACGUCCUGUGGGAUGAUAAUUGCUUCACGGCCGAUGAGCUGCAGCUACUCACCUACCAGCUGUGCCACACCUACGUCCGCUGUACGCGCUCAGUGUCCAUCCCAGCUCCAGCCUACUAUGCCAGGCUGGUUGCCUUCCGUGCCCGCUACCACCUGGUGGACAAAGACCAUGACAGUGCGGAGGGCAGCCAUGUAUCGGGCCAGAGCAAUGGCCGGGACCCCCAGGCAUUGGCCAAAGCUGUUCAAAUCCAUUAUGACACCCAGCACACCAUGUACUUUGCCUGAGCUAGCGAACAUGCCAGCCAGCCAGCCUGCCAGCCGGCACCCUUCUCUUGUCCGUCUGUCUGUAGCUUUCCUUUUACCAGUCUUUUCUUCUACAGUAUCUCAUCUCUGCUCAGAUUGUCUCUGUCUCUCUCUAUAUCGCUAUCUCUCUCAGCAUUUUUUGAAACUACACCAAAAGCGACGCAAAUCCAGGGGAAUCUGCAGAAUCUUGCCAUCUAGCAAGUCUAGGGGCCGGCUGGGGUCGGGGGUCACCACCCAGCAUUUCAAAUUAAGCCGCCUUUCUAACCAGCAAUUCUGCACUGAGAGACCUGAGGGUUUUCAAUGCACAAAACAAAAACAAACCAGUCACACAUACUACAAGUUGAGCCAUUAUUUUGUGUUUGUUUUUAUUUUCCAACUUUGAAUGUCUGCUCUUGUUUUUGUAAGAUACACUGAGCAAGGAAAUGGACUGGCGCCAUUCGUGUCAGGGCAGCUCUUCCCGGCUAAGCAGGACUCUUAUCUACUACUUUUACCUCAAAGCCCCUUUGGGCAAAACUGUCACAAGGUCUUGGGUUCUAUUUUUUUUUUUUCGGGUGGUGGGGAUGGGACUGCAUGAAAAGAGGCGGAGGGGAGUUGACCUUUUUAGAACAUGUAUAUUUUUUUCCUUUUUAUGAGCGUGUGUAUUAACUUUUUCUCCUUUACGGUCUUUUACAAACGAGGUGAUCUGGGUGUCCAUGCCCAUUACUACUUUGCUCCCAUCUUGGUGAAGAAGUAAGAAGUGUGUGUGUGUCUGUGUGUGUCUGUCUGUGUGCAUGCAUGUAUGUGUUUCUGUAUAUACAUUCACUGCUGUGUGUGUGUGUGUGUGUGUGUGUGUGUGUGUGUGUGUGUGUGUGUGUUUCAUGGCAGGCCACUGAAUUGUAAAGGGAAAUCAAGGCGAUAACUGCUGUAAAUGCCUCAGAUUUGAUGUUUUUUAUAUUCACAUACAUAUAUGACAUAUAUUUACAUCUAUAGAAGCAACUUUGAAACAACUUAACAAAGGUGAUAUUCGGCUCAGUCCUGAUCAGUUACCAGCUGAAAUUUUUUCCAUUACUUUGUACUUGUGAUCUGGCCUAGUGGUCUGCAGUCAUACCAUAGAGAGCCAUGUAUAAACAUGCUUUCAUUCAAACUUAACACUGUGCCAACCGAUUUUCACCAAUUGACCCACCUUCAAUAUAGAAGCGGGAACAAAUGAGGGAAAUCAGCUGGUUGGGUGUUGGCUUCUAAUAAGAGUGUACACUUGGCCCUAAUGAUACAUUGUUGGAGACCGCUGUGUUAAUUUGUCUGGAGUGCAAGAUGGGCGUCAUUUGCACUAUUGGGAGAAAUCUGCUGCUGCUCUGUGCCUGGAAGAUCAGUGAAACCCAGAAAAGUAAUAGAAUUUGUUUCAAAUAGGAAUUGUAUUCAGGGCUGACAUAGUAGCUGUAGUAGCCGUGGUCUGGCCUGUGACUGGCUCAGCAUUGGGACCUGUUGAACGGCUGAAGGCAUUAAACACGGAUGCAGUGUGGGUUUACCGGCCUUGCUGUCUGUGUGAACUAGCGGGAUCUGUUUUCCUUGGACCUGAUUAUCUGAAAGGUUUUGACACUGAUCGACCGAGCAUGGUUUUUAUUGUUGAUAGACAUUUUGUAGAGGGCCGGAACCACAAGCUUUGUUUAAUUUUUGUUUGUUUUUGUUCUUUGGUUUGAGGUCCCUUUUGCUUCCACUGGCCAAUUCAUUGCACUGAUCCGGGACGCUAGGCAAGCACCAGAGGGCACUCUCUAUCUCUUACCUUUAUGCAUUUAUACAUAAAAAUCAACAAAGCAGAUUUGUAAGAGUUUAAUAUAAGACAUUUUGUGGCUAUCUUAAAACCUGUUGUUUAGGAUUAGUAGUUUACCAUUGUUGUCGUUGUUGUUGAUAUCGUUGUUGUUCUUAAUGUUACUAUUGUGAUGAAAUGUCUACGGCCAGCAGCAAAGCCAGGUGUGUAGUUUUAAAUAGUGGGAUUUCAGGAAUCGAGUUAAGUUUAGUUCAGAUUACGAGGUAGAGCUUUUGGUUGGAGAACAUUUUUGUAGCAUUUUUGGCCAAAGGCGAGAGAAAGCAGCUCCCAUGAUGGAAUUGUUAAAGUUCCCUUCCUGAUUUUUUUUUUAACGAGUAAAGAAGGUCUGGCUUCGACUACUGUCCACUGGAAAAAAAAACGAUUAUUCAGUGACGUCACAGGAAAUCUGACCGGUAAACCAGAUACGUGUGCGUCAGGUGAACGCGGCUGCCAUUAGCGUCUCGGUUUGAUCAGAUGGAUGGAGACAAUCAGGAAUCGUAACCAGCGUGAUCCAUGAUCGAGGGGACCGAUUUUGGGGUGGGGGGGGGGUUGGAUACAGACAAUGAGUCGAAUUUUUAGACUUUGACAUAAACACCGAUUUCUAGUUUGUGUGUAUUUGAACACGUAUACCCAGCUGAAAGUCUCUACUACUAACUAUUUUAUGUAUAAUGUUUUUAUGCGUGUAAACUCCAGAUUCGAUGAAUUAAUGAUAAAAGCAUAAGCACUGCCCUUGGACCCCCUGUACUUACACUUGGCAAGCGGUUUUUCAUGGGCGAAAUGUGACGCAGGCCACAGUGGCAGCUGUACGAGUGGCGCCCCCCUCCCCCGUCGGUGCUCGUAAACGGCACAAAGGGACGUCGGAUCUAUGGCGGCUUGGGAACAGUCUGCGUGCACGCCUCGUCAGGGGGGACAGCUCAGUGAAAACCCUUUUGUAAUAAACCACCCGUAAAGCAGCAGGUUUGCUAUGAAUGAGUUUGAGCCGCCUGCCUGUCGAAGGCGUGGGCGUUGGCCGACGGAAGAAGCUAGAAA